UUUAAGUUCGUGUCUCGUUGUGAUGAGAGAUCCACUCAAAAUAAUCAUUGAGGAUAUAAAUCCAUUAAUUUUUCAGCAUUUUGAUACACACGACAUCAGACGAAUAACAUUAGUGUCAAAAUUAUGGAAUCAAAUUAUCGGAAGUAGUCGACAAUGUAUGCGGAAAAUAACGUGUCGUAUAGAUCGUCCUAGUUUGCAAGUUAAUGCAUUGAAGCAAAGUUCAAGGCAUUAUGAGAAUUUUAAGAUUGCACCGCGCGGCUAUUAUGAGGAAUUAUCUGUAAUUCUUAAUUAUUUUGAUGUGAAAAAUGUCUGGAUUAAUGACACAAGUGAUAAAGAAGUUGAGCACAAUGAGUAUGUGAACUUUAUGAGAUCAUUUGCUGAUACAAUUGAAUAUCUUCAAACUGGUGAUAUUUCAACGAAAAAUUCUAGUCGAAUGACUGUCAUUAAUUUUCCAAAAUUAAAGAAGUUACACUGCUCAUUUACGAACCGAUCAGCAUUCUCGAUAUUUUUAGGUGAUAAUAAAAAUUUAGAAACUGUGAUUUUAAGUUCAGAACUUUAUUCAUGUGACGAUGAGUUUCUAAACCAUAAUAAUAUAAUUAGUGAGUUCCUGUCAAAAAAUCAACAAAUCAGGAAUCUUUGGCUUCUUCAUCUUGAAAAGUUGUUUGUGUAUGAUAUCUCGUCGAAGGUCACACAGAAACUGAGACAUAUUACUUUUACGACUAAUUUCCAAAAUACACCGCGUCAUGCAAAACAGAAUUUUAUUAAAUUUAUAAAAUCUCAAUGGUGUCUGGAAAGUCUUAACAUGAUGGGAUGUCGUGAUAAAAGUAUUGUUGUAGACAUUUGGAAUGGAUUAGUGAAAUUCAACAAGCUGUUUGUGAUCGACUGUAAUUUUUAUGAGGAACUGCAUUCAUUUGAUCUACGUGAGAAUUUGAAUAUUGAAGAAAUUGACUUCUACUUAUCAUCAUCGCUGCAUGCUUUCAUGUUUUUGCAAGCUGCUCCAAAUAUUGUAUCUUAUAAGAUACGGCAACUGAGUAAACAACUGCUGGAAUUUUCUAUACGAAACUUAAAGUGUUUAAAGGAAAUAAAGUAUCAAAGUAUUGAUGGAGAUGCUGCAAAAUAUUUCAAGGAAAUUAUAAGAUCUUGUGGAAGAAGACCCUUCAAAGUUAAGGAACUGGAUUUCUUUGAAUAUCUUAACAUCGAGAAGCAGUGAAAGUUUGGUAAUGUGAUAUUUAAGGAAGAAGAAGUGGAAACAUUUAUUUUUUAAUGAUUUUGAAAGCAUAUGGACAUGCAUUGUAG